AUGCCGUGGACAGUGACCAAUUCAUUUAAGAGAGGCCUUAUGAAAACUUACGGAAGACCGACAUGGCGCGUCUACGAUGACGAGCGCGCCUCCAAAAAGCGACGCGUGCAGGAUGAGUCGGAUGAAGCUGAGACCAACCUACAAUAUGCUAUCCGCGAGUCAUCCGCCGCCGUGCUAUCAAGCCCGUCGCGUCGCAACUCCGUGGUGUUAUCAGAAGGCACCCUCGACGAUAUAGACGAUCUCACCACACCACCAUCGUCGCCACCCCCACGGUUAACCCCGCCGCCAGCAAAUACGCGCAAGCCAACCUUUAACUUCAUGAAGCGCAAGCAUAAGGACGCGCCGGCCGGCUCGCCGUUGACGGAGGUCAACUCCAACAGUGUGCGAUCGUCCGACCCGCCGAAGCAGAAGGGCCAGAAGCAGCCCGUGAUGCGCCAGAUGCAGAUUGAUCUGGGCACCGAUACACGAAAGACAUGCGCCACCUGUGGAAUGGAAUAUAUCCCCUCAAACACAGAAGACGCGGCAUUGCAUAAAAAGUUCCACGAGAUGAAUGCGACGGGAAUCGACCUGGGGAAGGCGUUCCUACGCGCAAAUGCUUCUCGCUGGAUUUACGAAGCGACUCGAUUCGAUGAAGGGUAUGUGGUCAUUGUUGAUCGCAAAUCAUCACCCAGCGCCAAGAGCCAGGCGAAGAAGGUGCUUGAGGUGGUCAGUAAGGAGCUCUCAUCGCCAGAGAUCGACGACGAAACUCUCUGGGCCCAAGCAGAGCCCCCCAAACAUUUACAAGAAAGCUCUACAGAGAAGGUAGACCGUUACCGGGUGUUCCUUCAUAUGAAAGAUAGCCGCUGUGUCGGCCUCUGCCUGACCGAACGCAUCUGGGAAUCGCGACCGGUCGCCACGGAACCAAAUGGCGCCAACAAUUCCUCUGUCUCCACCAAAGAGGAAGUCCACCCGGCCAUUGUCGGAGUGUCUCGCAUCUGGACCUCCGGAUCUUCACGGCGAAAGGGAAUCGCCUUGGAUCUUCUUGAUUGCGUGGUGAUUAACUUUAUCUACGGCAUGGAAAUAACAAAGGACCAAAUCGCAUUCAGCCAGCCCACCGAAAGUGGCAAGCGUCUAGCACAUAAGUUCUUCGAGGACGAAGAGACGUGGCAUGUGUAUAAUGAGCGGUGA